CCGGACACCGAUACCGGCCCCGGGCGGGGAGCGGCACCGGGCCGGCCCGGCCAUGUCGGAGCCGCUGCGGCCCUUCCGCCUGCGCGGGUGCGGCAGCCCGCAGAAGUUCGGGGUGGCGGCCGGGAGCCUGCGCGGCUUGCUGAGGAAGGGCUGCCGCCUGCUGCAGCUUCCCUUGGCAGGCAGCCGCCUCUGCCUCUACGAGGACGGCACGGAGCUGACCGAGAGCUACUUCCGAGCGCUGCCAGCGCAGACGGAGCUGGUGCUGCUGGGCCCCGGGCAGAGCUGGCGGGGCUGUGAGUGCGGCGGGGCCGGGCGGGGGGCGCGGGGGCAGCGGCGGCCGCGGGGGCUCAGCCGGUGCCGCCUCACCUGCCCAGGUGCCAGCGACAUCGAGCGGCUCCUGGCCGCCUUCUGCAGCCAGCAGGGCGCUGUGGUGGAGGCUGCGCGGAGGCUGCUGACGGACGAGCGGGCUCCCCACAGGCAGAAGCUGCUGGCGGAUCUCAUCCACAACCUGAGCGAAAACAUCCUGGCCGAGGACAAGGAAGAGGACAAGAAAUGGUUUGAAGGGCUGGAGUCUCGGUUCAAGAACAAAUCCAGCUACCUGCGGCAUAGCUGUGAGAGCAGAAUGCGGGGCUACAUGAGAGAGGUUACUGGUUUUAUUUCAAACGUUCAUCCUGCAGCACGAGAUGCCUACAGAGGGAUAAUCGACCUGAUGGCAGAAAAACUGAAAUCUGUGAAGUACAACGGGUGCUACUUUGACAGAAGGGAGAAGGAGGAGGCAGCACGCCUGUGCACUGCAGAGGGGUGGUUCUCCUGUCAGGGACCUUUUGACAGAGAUGACUGCCCAUGUAAGCAUUCCAUCAACCCCUACAGCAACAGGGAAAGCAGGAUCCUCUUCAGCACCUGGAAUCUCGACCACAUAAUUGAGAAGAAACGUGCUGUUGUCCCAGAACUGGCAGAAGCUGUCAAAACACGAGACGGGAGAGAAGUGAACUGGGAAUACUUCUAUCAGCUGCUGUUUACCCUGGAUAAUUUAAAACUCGUACAUAUUGCUUGCCAUAAGAAAACCAAUCAUAACCUCAGCUGUGACAAAAGCAGAAUUUACAGAAAGAGGAAGCAAACCCAGGAGAUUUCCUAGUGCUGUCUCUGGAAGGGACCUGCUGCUUUUUUCAAUCAUGUCAGUCUGUUGUUUUUAAAUAGCUCCAAUUUCUUAAAUAAGAACUAUUUGGCACAAGACUGGCUGGGUAACCCAACCAGAGCCUCACAAAGCACACUCCAAUAUCCCAUUUAAUUCUCUUCUCCUGCCUUCCCACUCCUUACAAGCCUCCCUCAAAUCAAGCUCAAAUCAAGUGUGAUAAAGGUAGAAAAUGAGCCAGAGGCUGACUCUGACUCUACCCUGUCAUCUCUGGCCAGCAUUGACCCAAAACUCACAGUACACAGAAAUGAAACUUAGACAAAACAUUUUUUACAAACUAACCUGCAGGGGCUCAUAGACUCCUAUUCCUCUGGAUUUUAAGCCAAACAAAGAAGGAUUUAGGAUCAUGUUUGAUCUGUGCCUUUUGCAGGUAGUUUCAGGAAUGCCAAAGGUGGUUCAGCAGCAGAGCUGCCACCUCACCUGUGCCAAACUCCUGCCCUCAUCCCCACCUGCCCCUUUGCCAUUGCUUCAGAUGUGCAUCUCCUAGAAAGAAGAGCAAGCCCAUGAGAUUUUUUUGCUUUUUCCACCUUUGUUUGCCAUCUUCCCUGCUGAUUUCCCUCUCCUUACUAACGCUUUCUGCCUCCAGCUUGAGUUUUACUUGAUGCACUGCCAGAAAGGGCAGCUACAAUGAUCAUGUUUACAGUAAUGUUUACCCACUGCCUUGGAGAAUAUUGCUUUGGUAAAACAUUUCCUACCUCAGGCAACAAAUCAGGAAUAGUUCAAUUUUUUUACUUGAAUUUUUUUUUUAAUAGCAGCUGAACUUUUGGGAUUGUCAAUGUAAAUCGUGUGAACAUUUUAAAUAAAAAAAUGCCCCCACAUCUGUGUGUGUGAGUGAAGGUGCAGGAGACAUUAAUCAGGUGUGAUAGAGCAUGAAGGGAAAUGUGUUUAUGAAUUGAGCACCAGCUACUAGAAAAAGCUCUGUUUUCCCUCAUAGUGUUGGUCCUGGACCAGUUAGUCCACGUGAAAUUGUGUGGAAAUGACAUUUCUGCCUGAGCCCCAAAUUACUGGGUUUUGGAAGCUUUGCUACAUAGAAUAUUGAUUUAAACAACAAACUCAGUCCCCUCCCAAACAGUGCAAUCUGAAAAGCAAGGAGGUGCAUUUUUAACACAGGAUUUCUAAUUCCACUGCAUGCAAUCAAUCCUUCCAGCUUCCCCUCCUGCACUGUUUGACACUGGGGAGGGCACUGGGCAGGAUCCUGGUGACAAACCCAAUGUCACCUGUGUGGCACGUGUCCCCCAAACUGAAAAUGCAUUUUGCAAGUGAAAUGAAUGUCUGUGUGUGAAACUGUGUUGGCUAGAAAGAGCCAGCAGCAAACACAGCACUGAAGGAAUGCUGGGAGGAGCUGCUGCAACACAGAGCUGGGCUGGAACUAUGAAUAUGCAAUUAAAAAAUCUGGAUUUUUCCGUGUUACAGAAUUAGAGUGAAAAGGAGCCAAGAAAUAUCUUUGACAGAAACAAUGCAUCAGCUGGAGUGGAAAUGGAAAU